GAUAGCCAGGACUAUGCUAUCUGGUCCUCCAUGAUUUUUUGUUGGACAUGUGCCUUAAAAUCCCCCGUCAAGGAUACACGAGCCGGCUCAGGUGAGCGUAUGUGCGUCUGCACGAGGAGUCCGGGGUGGAGCUCGUCGCCGCACCCCCCCGGUCAAUGUUCGUGCUUCCAACUGCGGCACGACAUUUCUCGAGUCUGAUCCGACACCUCCUUGGCGCAUAUCUCUGCAGAAGGUCUUCAGCGAAAAGUUCAAGCCGUUGGCCUCCGCCUCCUGACAAGGACCAUGAAUCCAUCACCCAAACGAUUCCACUUGCCUGGGCGAGUUUCGACUUCAUCUUUGGCCGUCAGAUAAUCACCGUUCUGGAAGAUGGCGAGUGAUAGUUCGACAACGAUCUCCCACUCAACAGAGGAUAAAGGCCCUGGGAUUAUUGUUGCAAUAUGUAUUAUUGUUGGAAUCAGCACUCUCUUCGUGGCCAUGCGGCUAUUUGUUCGCAUCAAAAUCCUCGGCCAAACCCAUUUGGAUGAUUACCUCACGGUUGCAUCUUUGGUGCUCAGCUACGCGACAGUAGCUCUCGAAAUUUGGGCGAUUCGUUGCGGCAAUGGUCGACACGCCGACACGCUUUCCAAAGACCAGCAAUCAGCCGCAAUCCUCUCCACGAUUUCAGGAUUUCCUCCAAACGUCCUUGCCUAUACCGUACCGAAGUUCGCCGUUGUGGCACUACUUGUCAGGAUUUUAAACCCAGGAAGGAAGCAUCAAGUUAUGCUCUGGUGCAUGGCGACUGGUUGCUUGGUGCUGGUCUCCCUCUGCAUCAUCAUUUUAUUUGCUCAGUGUACCCCGACUCGUGCUCAAUGGGACUUUACCGUGACUGAAAAGAGCUGUUGGAGCCCUUGGGUUCUUGUAAAUGUUGCUAUAUUGACAGGAGCUUAUUCCGCUGCCCUGGAUUUAUACCUUGCAGUCUACCCUGCCACAGUUUUGAUGAGACUUCAGAUGAACAUCAAGAAGAAAAUCAUCCUGAGCACUGCCCUUGGCAUUGGGUCCAUCUCUUGCUUCAUCUCCAUCUACAAAAGCACACGCCUACCAUCUCUUGCAAGCAAAGAUUUUACUUAUGACAGCGCUGAGCUUGUUGUAUGGACCAUUGUCGAGGGCAAUACUUUAAUUAUCGCCGCCUGCAUACCCAUUCUGGGACCACUCGUAGAACUCGCGCUAGGGCGUCGCGUUCUCAGUUCAACUGACCGAAAGUAUCAGAAGCAAAGCGACCCGGCAGGAUUGCGGUCAGUCGGAAUUGAGAUGAACGGGUCUCGGUCAGUGCCGAGGAACGGAAACGUCGUUGGCAAGACAUCGACAACUAUCGGCUCACGAAUCGACUUGGAAGAUGCGAGUAGUCAAGAUAGUAUUGUCGGAGAGGAGACUGGGCCGAGCUCUCGAGCUCCCGGGAUCAUGAGGAGGCAAGACAUCACGGUUUUGUUUGAGAGGGCAGGGGCAGGCCGUGACCAGGAACACGAAGACAAUAUGAAAUCUCGAAAGUGGGAUUCAUUGUAGAAUGAGCUGCUAAAAGGUGUUAUAAUGAGACGUUUAGG